UACAUAAUGUAAAUAAAAACAUCGCAGCCGCCGUGUGUUCAGAUUGGUGCGCUCGGCACGAUGUCCCGGAUGGUGCUCGCACCGGAAGAGAAGGGGCAGCUCUCCCAGCCAUCUUGUGGCAGCAUCCAAGCGAAUUGUUCGCAUCAAGCCUCGUAGAAUCGGAGGUGAAUCCCGCUGAAGGGGCGCCAUCAUGCCCGGACACCUGCAAGAAGGUUUCGGCUGCGUCGUAACCAACCGGUUCGACCAGUUAUUGGACGACGAGUCCGACCCUUUCGAGAUCCUGAAAGCUGCUGAAAACAAGAAGAAGGAGGGGGCCGCCGCUGGGUCCACCAAGACCGCGGCUCAAGCCGCCAAGCAGCCGAAGAAGGAGUCACAGAAGGACAGAAAGAACCCGCUGCUGGACAAGAAGGAGGAGUCCCAGGCUCCGGUCCCCCUGAAGAAAGAAGGUAUCAGGCGGGUGGGCAGAAGACCAGACCAACAAGGCCAGCCUGGUUCCCAGCAUCAGGGCGAGCGUCAAGGCGAAGGGCGACCCGGAGACAAGAGGCCGGACCGGAGACCUCCCCGCGAGCGCCGCUUCGAGAAGCCCGCCGAGGACAAGCCCGAGGGAGGUGGAGAGUUCUCCACGGACAAGCCUUCUGGAGACAGGCCCCCGAGAGGGCGUGGUGGCGGCCGGGGUGGACGUGGUGGAAGAGGACGGGGGGGCAUGGGCCGAGGAGACGGCUUUGACUCCCGCGGGAAACGAGACUUUGACAGACACAGCGGCAGUGACAAAUCCAAUCAGAAAAGUGAGGAGAAGCGCAGUGGCAGUGGCUCAAACAACUGGGGCAAUGUGAAGGAUGAAGUGAGUGAGGCUGAACAGACUGCUGCUCCUGAGACGGCCCCAGAGGGAGAGGAAAGUGCACCCGCCGGCUCCGAGAACAAGGAGAAUGAGGUGGAAGAAGUUAAAAACGAAGGCCCCAAAGAGAUGACCCUGGACGAGUGGAAGGCCAUGCAGGACAAGGAGCGCACCAAGGUGGAGUUCAACAUCCGUAAACCCAACGAAGGAGCCGACAGCCAGUGGAAGAAAGGAUACGUGCUGCACAAGUCCAAGAGUGAAGAUAGGCCUGUCGGUGCUUUGAUUGACGCUCCAGAGACAGAACCAGAGACACACACUCUGUUCCACAAGGCCAACCCUGACGAGUCCAGUGACCACCACUUCCGCAAACCAGCCAAUGACAUCACAUCCCAACUGGAGAUCAACUUCGGAGACCUGGGCCGCCCAGGCCGCGGACGUGGGGGAGCUCGCGGAGGCAGGGGAGGCCGCGGCGGGGGAGGCAGCAGGCCGGCACGUGGGGGAGGACGGUCCGAAAAGGCUAGCGGAGUGUCAGUCCCCAACGUGGAUGAUCCUGAGGCCUUCCCAGCUCUGGCCUAAAGGCUCCUUUUCCACCACCAGCCCACCCAUCAGCCCUUCCGGGGCCCCUCCUCUACGAGGCUUGCAUGCUUACCACAUCUUCAAGUAUAUAAGAAAACAGAGAAAAAAAAAAAAAAGAUUUUAAUGACAAAAAAGACUGUCAUCCCAUACCACUCACACCACCAGAGGACUAAAAUUUUACCUGUUUUAAAGGAGAACAAAAGACAAAAAAAAAAAAAAAAAAAAAAAAGGUGGAAAAAGGACCUCUUGUUACACUGAAGUUUUGUAUUUAGGAACAUGAAAGCAGGGAUGUUUUCAUACUUUUUUUUUUUUUCCUUUUUUUCAGAGAUUAUGCAUACUUCAUUGAUAUUUUUUGUGCUGCUUGAAUUUAUGCAUUUCUGCGAUUAGGUUGAAGUGUGUUUAUCUCCUCCCCUGAAGCUUUUGUGCUUGCUUUUUUUUUUUUUUUUUUUGUUGCUUUUUUAUUUUAUUUUUUAUUUCUCCCCCUCAUGACUUCAGCUCAGUAUUAUGGGGUCAUCUUAGAAAAGACUUUCUACUGGAGUUUUUCUUCCCAGUAAUACACACUGAUGUGGUAGCACUACACUACAUAGACAACUUGUACUAGAUAUCUGAAGUAUGGCUUAACAUGCAUUUAAAGUGUAAUUACUCUGAUCUUGACUACCCAUCCACUUUGCAAGGCACAAAUUCAGGAUGGGUAACCAGGCAAAGUGACUUCCAACUAAAGCUUGGUAUUUUUCUGCUUGUUGUGCAGUGAAAGUAAAUGCCUCUUUCCUUUUUUCUUUCUUUCUUUGCUCUUUUUUUUUCUUCUUCUUUUUUUUUGAUAGCUUGCCUUUUUUUGGUGGACCAGUAGUUAGUAAUGCUUUGUAUCCCCUGAUCCAGAUGUGCUACCUGUGUUUUUCAGGGUGUACCAGGGCCCAAUGUAUAUCUUUAGGCUGGUCCUUGUAGGUCAUACAGACUGUACUACUUGUAACUUCAGGACCACUAAGUAAAUAUUGUAUUUUUUUUGUUAAGGGUGUGUAUGUGUGUGUGAGAGAGAAAGAGAGAGAGAGCGCGUGUGUGCAACAUUGUGUGAGGUUGAAUGUAUGAGUUUGACAGCUAGUUACUUAGAAUUUAAGUAUUCCUCUGCUAUGAACUUGCCAUUCUCAAACAGUAGACUGCAAGUUCUCAUGUCUUUUGAGAAGUGAUUGUUGAAAUCUAGGUGAGAAUGAUAGAUAGACCGUGGACAUAUCUUGCUCUUACAGUAUCUGUAAUGUCUUUCAGAUCUCGAAGCACUUGGUUUUUUGAUCAGCACCAGUCCACUGAAGAUUUUGUUCCCCCUGUUCUGUAAACCAUCUUUGCUGUUUUUUAUUGUUUUGAUUUUUGUCAGUGCAGCAGUACCAAUGCAUAAUUUGUCUGAAAGAAAUCUCGGCUGUCAUUGUGGAACAAUCACGAGCUACAGAAUGUAAUGUAAGCUAAUGGUGCUUUUAGCCACCUGUGUCAGCAUUUCCAGUGAGCAUUUUCUUUUAUUGAAGCGGGUAUAUUUCACAUUGGGGUGGGGUGGGUGGGUUUGAGAGGGGAGGGUUCUUGGGAGGGGGGUGGGGGUUGUGAACACGGAGUGAAUUUUAAAGCUUUACAUGCUGUGCUCUGCAAAGACUUGCUGGUGAUGCACUGAUACAGACGGCUGGAGCAGUUUUCUUGUAGGACUGUUUGAGCCACAUGACGGUGAAACUUUCUCUGCAAACAUCCCUGUUCUAAUAAAUUGCUUUAGAGGUGUUACAUGUA